AUUAGAAAAAUCAUUUUGCAGAUUUGGAAAACUCUCCAGUUUCUAAAGCUGCAACGGAUGAUUAAAAAAAUGGGUUUUGAAGAAUCGGACCCGAUUUCACAACUGAGUUUGCCCCCCGGGUUUCGAUUUUAUCCCACAGAUGAGGAGCUUUUAGUUCAGUAUUUACGCAGAAAAAUUGCAGGUCACCAUUUUGCUCUACAAAUCAUUGCUGAUAUUGAUUUGUACAAGUUUCAUCCAUGGGAUCUUCCCAGCAAAGCUAUCUUUGGAGAAAAGGAAUGGUACUUUUUCAGUCCAAGAGACAGAAAAUACCCAAAUGGAUCGAGACCCAAUAGAGUGGCCGGUUCUGGGUAUUGGAAAGCCACGGGAACUGAUAAGAUUAUAACUUCAGGAGGACUAAAAGUUGGUAUAAAAAAAUCCCUUGUUUUUUACAUAGGAAAAGCGCCCAAAGGAACCAAAACCAAUUGGAUUAUGCACGAAUACAAGCUUAUAGAAUCCCCCAGUAAAAAUGGUGGCUCAAGGUUGGAUGAUUGGGUGCUAUGCCGGAUUUACAAGAACAACUCAUCAAAUGGGCAAAAGCCUACUUUUUCUGAUGCUCAGAGCAAAGAGCAUAGUCAUGGUUCAACUUCGUCGUCAUCGCAUCAAUACGACGACGUUUUGGAGUCCUUGCCGGAGAUUGAUAACCGGUUUUUCUCUUUGCCGAGAAUGAAUUCUUUGAAGACUAUUCAUCAAGAAGAUCAGAAGUUGAAUCUUCAAAACCUGGGCUCUGGGAAUUUUGACUGGCCCACUUUAGCUGGGCUCAACUCGGUGCCUGACCUCGGUCAAGUCCAAACGGGACAAACUCAGGGAAUUAUGAACAGCCAAAAUAUCAUGAAUGGCCACAAUGACAUGUAUGUCCCUGCUAUGCAGCAACAAAUUGGCCGUGUUGUAGAUGAGGAGGUACAGAGUGGACUCAGAACACAGCGAGUUGACAACUCGGGGUUGCUUCUGCAAAAUGUGAAUGGAUUUUCACAGAGUUCUACGUCCAGCAACUCGCUUGACCCGUUUGGGGCUCGGUUUCUGACUCAGCCGGGUGGUUUCGGGUUUAGGCAGUGAAAAUGAUAAUAAAUGGAAGUGUAGGGGUGGAUUAAUGUAAAAAAAUGGAAUUCUUUGGGUUUGGGUUUUUUGUUCCUGAUCACAAGCUCUAAGGAGCCUACUUUUAUGGGCUAGUUGGCCUCGAAGGCCCAAUACUUUGUUCUUGAUGGGUUAGGUUAGAAUUUAGCUUUUGCUAAAACUCAAUUCUCUAUUAUUUUGUUAAAAUUUUUCUAUUUGAAAAAAAUAAUAAUAAUAAAAAGGCUAAUAGUAGCAGUAGUUAAGAGCCCUUUAUGAAGGGUUUUUGUUUAUUUC